GGAUGGAUUGAUCACCUUCUCUUCUCUUGGGAAAAGGGAAGUUUCUCAGAGAAGGAGAGUGUUUCCCCUGCUUCCAAAUUCUCCCCCAACUAUCAUCAUCAUCAUCGAACACGACGACGAUUAUCAAUCUACAAACAUCUCAACUUUUCUCAACAAUCGCUUAGAUUAUCUGUAACGCCAUGACGAGGAUGGAUGGACCUUCUUCCAGUUCAACUUGUUCCAAUGAUGAUGACAAGAACUUGGAAUGGUUGUUUGAAGCUUUUGGAUCAAAGAUAUCCAUCAAUGACAUGGCGUCUGCUUAUUGCCAAGCAGAACAUGAUUUACGUAAAGCUAGCGAAAUAAUUUGUAAUAUGCUGGGAAGUUCUUCCAGCAAUGAUAUACCCAUAUCGACGGAUGAUUUGACCAGUGAAUCAGCUGUUGGUUCAGAUAAUAAUCCUAUGGGGAAGUCUUAUGAGACAAGGAUUCUGUCUCAACCCAAGCCAACAAACUCUGGUAUAUCGGUGGGUACAGUUUCUGGUGCUGAUACUACAAUGUCAGCCACUUCAAUUAAUGAACCUCCAAAGGUUCUUUCUCGAUCUAAGCCAAAAAAUUCUGGCAUAUCAGUGGGUACCAUUUCAGGCAUAAUUGGUGCUGGCUAUGGAAGAUCAAGGCCUUCCACUAAAGAAUAUCGUGAAAUUACCAAACCGGUGAAGUUGAUGUCAACUGAGUUUCCUGUUUCUCAGAUAUGGGUUGAGAAACCACAAUCAGUUAAUGCAACAACAGGAACUAUGAACAAGGAGAUUGAACAAUUCCUUCUUAAGAUGCUUGGGGACGGCUUUAAAUUAGACAUGGGAGUAAUUAAAGAAGUUGUAGGUGGUUGUGGGUAUGACGUCCGAGAGAGUAUGGAGAAACUGAUGGACAUGUCAUCCCCCACUUUGGAUCAGCAAGAUGUCACUCCAAGCAUGGUCAACCAAACUAAAUCUAUUGAUGCACGUCAAGAUCUGGACAUCAAGUGUGAAGAGAAGCUGAAAUUCACCGCUUCAGGAAGUGGCAGGGAAGAUCUUGAAAAAGAAGUUUUGUGCAACCUCUUUACUGUCCCUGAAAGAUCUGAAGUUAAACCAAGAAAAAUCCUUCCAAAAAGAGAACCAAGGACACGACAAUUUGGUCUAGUAACUGGACCUUUAGAAGAGGGAGUAACUGAGUUUAGGACUCCGAUUGUAAAGAAGGAAGGUAACGGGGACGGAAAUGAACAAAAUGAAGAUAACUAUGAGAUCCUAAGGGAAGCUGCAAUGGAGUUCUGGAUUACAAUGAAGAAAUAUUAUAGAGCUGCUGCUGAUGCAUAUGCCAAAGGUAGCUACGAGCUUGCAGAUAAGCUCAUCAAAGAGGGACACUUUUUUAUGGCCAAGGCUCGAGAUGCAAAUGAGACAUCUGCCAAAAUCCUCACUCAAACCAGAGACGAUGGGGAAUCAAUUUCUAUUGACGUAACGGAUUAUGAACCAAGAGACGCAGUACGUCUAUUGAGAACUCAAUUGAAAUCCAUGUCUGGCAUACCAUCCAUACAUUAUCUGAAGGUUAUGGUGGGAACCGAAGUUGAUAUAACAAAACAACAAGCUCGUAAAAGCUUGAUAAGUAAGCUGCUAGAAAAGGAUGCGAUUAGUUGGACUGAAGAACAGGAUGGACAAAUAAUGGCCAUCCGCAUCGAUGUGAUCAAUCCAAAACGUUUGAGUUUUAACAAAAAAUAGUGAGUUGGAAGUAAUUUUGGUGCCCAUCAGGAGUUCUUCACGGAAGCAUCUUUCACCAUAAUCCAAUUUCUAAGCUUAUGGGCAAAUGGUGAAAAGACCUUGUGCUCUUGUGUUUUUGACAUCUAUUUUGGUUAUUGGGUUAUGGACAUGUUGAAUCAUUGUUACAAGGUGUUAUGCUGUUGGGUUGUUUAAC